CAAGCCCCGCGAGGGACUUCUGCCUCACCCCCCGACGUCUGUGCCUCGGUCGCCCCUCUCCAGGCCCUCCUCGGGCUUGAGCUGCGUAGUGCGCGUGCGUGUGUGCCGAGGGAUGUAUGUGUGUGCAGUUGGAAGGGCAGGGACUUGGAUCUCACUUUCUUUGCUUUGUCUCAGUUUGCGCUAGCUACCUGCCCCCUUUGUGUCCCUGGAAUACUGGGAGAUGCCUGCUUCUCUGCCGGGCGUUGGGAAAAGCUGAGGCAAUUCCCAGGGCAGAACCCGGAUCGCACCACUAGAUGACUUGGCUAUCCUGAAAGAAUGAUGUCUAGUAUUCUAGGCUGGGCUCCGUGGCUAGGACACUGACUUUUCACAGCCGCUCUCCAUCCCUUCAGAUGGGAACAUUAGGGAGAGUGCAUAAGAUAAAUCAAAUGUGGAAAAGCUCAGUAAUUGAUACUGUGAUUAAGGUUAUUUAAAUGACUACCACCAUUACAGAUGGCCUCAGCCCAUCUAUUUCCUGUGGGUGAGAUUGCUGGACUCUGAUUCCCGGGGCUAUUGUUUUUAAGAUUGCCCAUUUAAUAUGAUGAAUAACUGUGUCUCAAGAAACUGAGCAGCAGGCUUAGAAGAUACCUAAUAGAAACCUAGUCGGAGAAGCCUAUUUGCAAGUGGGAGGCUGUGACGGAGCGGGAUGCCACCGUUUGGUCCAAGGGGAAGCUCCGGGAGCUCCUGGUUGGCAUUGCUAUGGAGAAUGAGGCUGGCCGGUGUGAGAUCAGUGAGUUGAAGCAGGUGGAAGGUGAGGCUUCCUGUAGCAGCCGCAAAGGAAAGCUAAUUUUCUUCUAUGAGUGGAACAUCAAGCUGUCCUGGAAAGGUACAGUUAAAGAAUCUGGCGCAAAACACAAGGGACUGAUUGAGAUACCCAGUCUUUCUGAAGAGAAUGACGUUGACGACACUGAGGUGAACGUGAGUAAAAAGAAAGGAGAUGGGGAUAUACUAAAGGAUCUUAUGAAAACUACAGGCACCGCCAAGGUCAGGGAGGCCCUUGGAGAGUACCUGAAGGCACUGAAGACUGAAUUUACAGCAGGAAUGAUUUUACCAACAAGAGCUGUAACAACCCAGGAACUGACUGUUGAGAGGACACUGGCUGAGAACUCUUUGCAGGUGCAGGCUUCUCCAGUGGCACUGGGUGUAAGGAUUCCCACUGUUGCUUUGCACUUGACUGAGCUGUUUGACACAACAGUAGAACAGCUGUACAGUAUCUUCACUGUGAAGGACUUGGUGCAAAAAUUUUCCAAAUCCCCUGCUGUCUUAGAAGCUGAAAAGGGAGGGAAAUUCCAGAUGUUUGAUGGGAACAUCACUGGAGAGUAUGUGGAACUGUUAACAAACAGGAAGAUCAUCAUGAAAUGGAGGUGCAGGAACUGGCCAGAAGAACACUAUGCAACAGUUGCAUUGAAUUUUGUGCCUGCUCCAGGGCAAACGGAAUUACAAUUGGACUGUAAAGGAGUUCCUGUCUGUAAAGAAGAGAAUACAAAAUUCUGUUGGCAGAAGCAGCACUUUGAAGAAAUAAAAGGUUUACUUCAGCUCACCACCCAGAAUGCUUGAAUUAGUUAGGUUUUAUAAAUAAGGACAUCCUUUUGUAAGCAGAAACCUGGCCUGUUUACUUACCUCUUCUUUCUUCCUCAAAAUGUCCCCUCCCCCAAGGUCCCUAAUUUAUUUUAUAUUGGAUGAAAUUCAUGAACUACAGAAUAUAAAAGCAUUGCUUGAUGUAUUCUAGACUCUGCACUGAGUAAAAUCAGGUGUCGUCUCACCUUCCAUGGGUGUUCCUCUCUGGAAAGUAAGUGAAGUCCAGUUCCCCAAGCUAAAGCUGGUCCCAACAUGCUACUUCAUUGCUAGUUGAUUUAAGCUUAAGACAAAUAAAUGGCAUGUUAUACUAUUCUUUUAUUCUACUCCAAUUUUCAAGGUGUAGUUCUUAGGAGUAUUGUGGUGAGGGCUAGUUGGCUGCAUUGUACACUUCUCUGGCUUUCCUUGGUGAGACAUCCACAUGGUCAGUUCCUGUUUUGGACUGCUGAGGGACUUCUCAAACAGCAAAGCAGAAGGCUACAUGCUUCCUGUCUUCAGUCUGCUCAUGGCUGGCUGUCGUCCGAGGGAACUGAAACAACUUAUGUAACAAAGGCAUCACAGUCAGUUUAAGUACACAGAAGAGGCAGUCAUUUCAAUAAAAAUAAAACAGUUAUUUUUACAUCAAGUGUGCUUUAUUUCCUCCACAGGUAUUCUGUUAAAUAAAGCACCAUUUAUAUACUGCCAGGCCACAGCUAAAGAGGAUUCUUUACAGAAUCAAAUUUCUUGUGGUUGUUCCGUAUACAAGUAAACUUAAUUUUGAUAAUAAGAACCACAGCGAUCAGAGGCAAUCUGCCUCUCUUAUUUUAAGGUACAAAACUGGCACAGAGGACACCAUAUUAUACACAGUAAAAAUGCUGUAAGUUUAAAUUACAUUGUACAGGGUCAGAGCCCUGAUUCUCCCAGAAAGCCUUAUUAAAUGAAAGCCACUACAGUGAACUCUUAAUUACAUAAAACAUAUCCAUUAUCUGAUUGCCCUUUAGAAAGUAUACAGAAGAUGCAAGUUUUUUUCAUCUGGAGUUCUGCCUGACCAAGAAUUAAGCCUAUAAAUCUAUCUUGCCAUUCAAGCAGAGAGCACUGGACAAACUGAAGCACAAAACAAAUAAGCAAAAUUUAGACAAACGGCAAGGGGGAGGGGCACUUGAAAGUAGACAUGCCACAUCUAAUGUCAAGAAGCAGCUUGAUUUCCUUUGCCAGAUAUCCUUGUGACCACAUGGAUUGUUGAUUCAAUGGUCCUACAUAGGGUAUCUAAAAUGUCGUGUUGCUGCGCGUGACUAAAGAGGCCUCUGGAAUGGCCACAACUGAGUGAUAAAGCAGCUUCGGGAUCCUGGGAGGACAAAGCUUGACCAUCACAGCUUCUCAAAUCAGCUAAGUCAGACAAAACCGCGGAGAUGGAAGUAGAAGGGAAUUCGGAUUCGUCUUCAGCUAGUGUAGUAUCCUUGGAACAGUGAAGGUCUUUAAACUCUUUACAGUCAUCAAACCUGCCACUGUUAGACUGUUCCUCUGCAUGCUGCGACCGGAUGUGUGACCCGUCUUCUGAAAACGAAGAUAGGCCUUCCAUCCGAUACUCUUUGACAGAGCCAUUUUCAGGAGAAGGAAGGUCUUGCUCGGUCCCUGGAUCAAUAAUUGAUGAGUCUCUUGUCUCAUUGUCUGAGGUGCUAGUGGGGGUCAGGACCUCCCUGGUGUCUGUUUUUAUGUCGCCGAUGCAGCCGUCUACAGUGUGCUCCUCAUCGCUGCUCACACGCCGCCUUUUAACAGGAGUUGCCCCUUCAUCAUCUGUGGGGGAAAAAAUUACAUAAAAACAGAAUCUUCCUCAAAAGAUUAAAAUCCUACUGGGGACAACUGUGA